AUGGCCAGCAUGCUCCGUGGCUCCGCUCUGGUGAAUUUCCGCCGACUGGUGGGUCGAAAACCCAGGUACCGAGUUGAAAUUCGCGAACACCGCGACAAGAAGGAGGAGUAUGCUAUUUGGUGGCCAGAACAGUCAAAAGACUUGACUGCAUCCCGCUUGUGGAUUCUGGUACCAGGUGGGAUGAGUGACGGCGACUCCAUUGCAGGAUAUAUCGAUGAGUUCCUGCACUGCAACAUCAUUGCGGAGUCAGAGGAUUGGUGUGUCUUCCACAAUGCGGGCACAGGCGGAGCUCAGUGGCAGCAUGGUACUUUCACUGGCCUUUCAGAUCCGACAUUUCUUGUGGAUUUCCUGCAAAGUUUAGAUGCCGUAAACUCGGCGAAGCCUUGCUACAGAGAGAUCAUCACUGUGGGCUUUUCAGUGGGAGGGAUGUUGGCACUUUCUGCGGCUGACAAACUUCUCACAGGGAACAAUCUGCAAAAGGUCAAGCAAGCUCCGAUGGACGUGAACGGCAACGUGGAUGAUGCUGGCACUUGCCGCCUACGUUUUGUCUCCGUCCAUUCUCCAGACUGUCUUCGAACCACAUUUGAAGCUAUGACCAAAUGGAGGUUGUGUGCACGACUCGACAUUCCUUUGGCAUUGCACUUUUGGGCUGUGAAUUUGCGGAGCGGUCUGCUCUCCAGAUGCCCGAAAGGCCCUUGGUUUCCCUGGCCACCAACUUGGUCAUACAUUCGGAGCUUCACUGAAGCUGCCUGGGCACAGCAUCAGGCCUUGCAACAUCAUGCAGCUGGGAAUCCCGUCGAUGUCGAAGACUUGGCGGUGCCAUUUGAACACUUUGAAGAUGCAUUCGCCUUGCGACUUCGAAAGACACUUCCAGCUGGAGAAGUUUUGCGCAUCCAGAAUCCUGAGGACCCAGUGGUGGACCUGACAACUUUGGAUCAAAAAGGCCUGAAAUGCUGUGACGUUUGGUGGGUGCGUGAUGGUGGACACGUCAUGUGCUUCGGAGCAUCCCGCGGCCUGGCAUGGCGCCUCAGAAAGUGGGUGGAGUGCAAAGCGACACUCGUACAAAUUUGA